AUGAAUCUCACUCGAGCACUCGAGGAAGACCACGUAAAAACAGCGGGGAUUUAUGAGGUAAAUGAUACCACCGCCUUGGCCGCGAAGGUAGAAGCACUGACUAAGAGGUUUGAUCAAUUUAUGAUGGGCUCGAGCUCAAAUUCGGAGCGCUCUUGUCUUAUGGCCAGGGCAAAUACUGAGCGACCACAAGGUAGCCUCCCGAGCAAUACAGAGCAGAAUCCAUGGGAGCACCUCAAGGCCGUCACUCUUAGGAGUGGAAGAUGGUUGGAGGCAAGAGCCGAGGAUGGCUCAAGUGCCAAGGAGGAUGGGGUGACCAUUUUGGAAGACCCCGCAGUGGCUGAGCCGGUAAGUGGGGAGAAUAAUGAUAAGCAAGGUGAGGAACCUGCUAAACCAUCAACAUUGAGGGUUCCCGAGUACAAACCCCCUGUCCCUUACCCAGCUAGGUUGAAACAAGAAAAAGAGGAUGCUCAGUACAAAAAAUUCCAUAACAUGUUCAAGCAGCUGCAUAUAAAUAUUCCACUCGUUGAGGCAUUGGCCGGAAUGCCUAAGUAUGCCAAGUUCAUGAAAGACCUUCUUACCAACAAGAGAAAGCUUGAAGAGCUAGAAACAGUGGCACUCCCCAAGAAUUGUUCGGCAAUGAUUCAGAAGAAGAUUACAAAGAAGUUGACUGACCCUGGGAGCUUCAUCAUCCCUUGUAUGAUUGGGGAGGACAUGCAAGAGAAAGCACUGGCUGACUCCGGGGCCAGCAUUAAUGUAAUGCCAUACAAAUUGUUCUUGAAGUUGGGACUAGUGGAUUUGAGGCCUACGAGAAUGACGGUGCAACUUGCAGAUCGAUCGGUAAGGAAGCCCAGGGGUGUUGUUGAAGAUGUACUGGUGAAGGUGGAUAAACUUAUCAUUCCUAUGGACUUUGUGAUACUUGAUGUGGAUGAUGACGUUGAUGUCCCACUGAUCCUUGGGCACCCUUUCCUUAAUACUUCUGGUGCUCUCAUCGAUGUAAAAGGAGGGAGACUGAUUCUCAGAGUGGGAGAGGAGAAAGUUGUUUUUACACUUCCUGAAGCAAUGAGGCAAACCUUGGAUCAUGAUGACCCCUUAUAUUUUACCGAUGAAACUGAUAUGGUCAUCUCUAAUUGUAUGCAGGAAGUUUUGGCUAUGAACCCAUUGGAUGAAUAUUUGGAAGAAGUGGAAAACAAGGAGGAUGAGAUGAAGGUCCCUGUUUCCCCUCCAAUGCAGCAUGUAAGCUAUGUGGGAACAGAUCCGCCACCAAGUUAUAAAAAGAAGAAAAACAUGAAGAAGAUGUGGCGCAAGGUGAACAAAAAGUUGAAAGAGGGGAUGACAGUCACGCUAACACCACCAAGGGAGGGUUUGCUGGCCGCGGCGGCCCGCUGUGAGGCCACCGCUCAUUGA